AAAAAUGGAGCUUGUGGUUGUGGUCCUCACUCUGUCCCUCUCACUUUUUCUAACAUCUGCUUCUCUCCAUUUCUUUAUUAUUCUUUUCUCUUCCCCUUUGCCAAUCCUCACAUAUAUUCAGAUACAGAUACUCUGUUUGUUGGGUGGCGCUUGUUUCCUUUAUCUUAUUGCUAGAUGGAUGCAAAGGGGGAGCAAAGGAUGGGCAGGAUGGUUAAAAGGGAGGCAGAUGUUGAGUCUGAUGAUGAUAGUGGCUAUGAGAGAGAAUUUGGUGGGUAUUGGGAUGAUGAUGAUGAUGGGAGCUUCAAGAAAAAGAAAAGUUUGGGUCUUGGUGGCAGUGGUGGCGGUGGGUCGGUGAGGAAGGGGUCAAGUGGUGGAGGAGGAGGAAGAGGGGGUGGUGUUGUUAUGAGGUGUUGUCAGGCUGAUAAUUGUACGGCCGAUUUGAGUGAUGCCAAGCAGUAUCAUAAGAGGCAUAAAGUGUGUGAGCAUCAUGCUAAGGCUCAGGCUGUGCUUGUGGGUGGGAUUAGGCAGCGGUUUUGUCAACAAUGUAGCAGAUUCCAUGAGCUAUCGGAAUUUGAUCAAGAGAAAAGAAGUUGUCGCAGGCGUUUGGCCGGGCACAAUGAACGGCGAAGGAAGACAUCAGCUGAAUCUCAUGCAGAAAGCUCAAGCUGCAAGAGGACAGGAAUUCAGUUGAAGGACAUGCUUGGGCAGGUUGAUGAUCACAGAGGAAGAAUUAAGCUGACUAUCCGAGAAAACUCUGCUUAAACACUUCUAGAUCAAAUGAGUGCUAACUGUUUGCUCAGAUGCUCGCUCUCUUCUGUCAUCCGGGAGGAAUUGGUAUAGUCCAUAACAUUAGUAAGCGUCAAAUGCUAUCUAUUUAUAUAUCAGUUGUUUCAAGGACCUUUUAAUGCCUUUUGAGAGGUGGUACUAAUAUGUAUUGGGGGGAGGCAUCCUCUGUAAUACUUCACUGAUAAUUAAGUUUGUGACUUAUA